AUGAACAAUCAGCAGAGCUCGUCAUCGAAAUGUAUUGACGUCGGGAAGGAAGCUCGUUGGUUGUUUUAUGCGAUCAACGAUGUUUAUAGAGGCAACAGUGGUAUGGCAAAGCCAGUAGAUUUCGUGCGUGGACUUGAUAAAGAAAAGAGUCGCGUUCGUGGACCCAACAAGCACAUCUUUGGUGCUGGCAAAGAAAGAAGCGAUAAAUGGUGGAAGGCUCUAGGUUAG